GACCAGAGCCGCAGCUGCCGCCGCCGCCGCGCGGCAGACGCAGGGGUAGCCGCUGGCAGUGCCGCAGCCGCGCCCAGCAUCAAGGAGCUGGAGGACCAGCCUCGCGGGAGCAAGGGGCCCCAGGAAACCGGUGCACAGUGUCCGCCCCCGCAAGCGCUCCACAAGGUGGAAGUGGAGCCUGCCUCCGGCGUUAUCCCGAGGUGCCUCACCCGUAUCAAAAUGGGAUGCCCAUCGCGUUGCACGCCCGCCUACCAGUCCAGACGGGGUCAAUGCCUGGAGGGGGGGCAUGGAUUCCGCUUCGUGCCAGCGGUCAAGACCAGAGCCGUCGUCACCAUAAACUGGUAUCGAACCAAGCCGGAUGGCCGCCUGCGGCUCGACGGCAAGGAGUCCUGCGUGGAUGCCCUGCGGCCCCGGCUCCGCCGUGCGUUCGAGGAGUUUCUCCCUGCGAACCGGGCGGGGAGACAGCAAGGCCGCUUGACCCAGGAAGACGUCCAGAGGCGCGCACGCAUGACCCGCAUCGCGGGCAAGGUCCUCGUCCUGAGGGGGGCCACGCUGUUUCGAUCAGCGGCUGCGGAGCGGCAGGGCGCCGCUGCUGGUGUGUGGGACGUUUUGGACGAACAGGUGGGGACGCGGAACGUCCCUGCGCGCACUACCAUGUCAUGGCCAGUUGUGCUCCGCACAGGGGCCACAGUCUCCAUCUUCAGCGACGGCCGCGUCCGCGUGGUGGUUGGCUGGGCCACCGUCCAGGCCGCCGAAGAUGCCGAGCGCCUUUUGCAUACCCACUUCGGCGCGAGGUGGGUCGAGGAUGAGACUCAUGUGGAGGCCAAGCGAGCCAUGGAGGUCGUCUACGGGGAGCCGGGGCCCAGGGCGCUGUCGCUACAGCGCCCUCCAGUUGUUCGCUAG